CCGGGAACAUGCCAUUGUCGCGAGAGUUUGAGCUGAUGCGGUUCGGCAGCGGCGGCCUGACGCUGGAAUGCGAAACUACAAGUUAUUUCGCCGAAACAAGAAAUUGACCGACGUCGGCGCGCUGUUUCACAAACAUCGCGGCUCUCUCCGGGACUCAGCUGCGGCCUGAGACAUGAGGGAGACUCUCGACGUAUGGGGAUGAGACGAGGUCGGAUAUUUCGGCACUUGCAGCUUUGGGCUUGUUGACUCUCUGUUGGCUCAGGAUGGCGCAGGGAGGCUCUCAGCUCGACUACCACAUCCUGCAGGACCUCAAGCAGCGUUUCCCAGAGAUCCCAGAGGGGGUGGUGUCCCAGUGCCUUCUGCAGAACAACAAUAAUCUGGACCUCUGCUGCCACCUGCUGGCUCAGGAGAGCAACCGCUACCUGUAUGGAGACUUCCAUCACAGUCCAGAGGAAGGGCGACUGGGCCGGAACCACAUGCUCCACAUCAGUCUGGGCUACCCGGGCUCAGAGGCCACCAAAUCCAACGGUGGAGCGACAGGAGUCAGUCGCUCCCUCGUGCACAGCACCAGUGACAGUCACAUCGAACCCCAGCGGCCCAGUUACCCGGAGCCGCUGUCAGCCCCCGCCACCAUCGCCCCCUCUCCCGGAUACAACCCCUUCUUUAUGAACGAUCAGAGCCGCUCGGCCAGCACCCCCACCCCCCCACCCACCAUGCAGGGCAUGUCUCCCACCUACUCCCCCGUUCAGCGCUACACUAUGAACCCUAUCACUGUCACUCUGUCGCAGAGCAUACCCAGCGUCCCCCAGGCUCUGCAGAUCCCCCCAGGGCACUACGCCAACAGCUCCAACACCACCCUGUACAUCCGACCGUCGCCCUCCCAGAGCCCGCAGCCGGCACCCUGGUCCUCCUCGGGGGCGCCGGUCUAUCAGCAUCAGCAGUCUCCCUACAGCACUCCUACGUACAGCUCGCCUUACAGCUCCCCUCAGCAUCAGCCCCAGCCCCAGCACCAGCAGUACCUCUUCCAGUCCCUUAGCUCCCCGACCCUUCCCAGCAUGCCCUACCAUCACCAGCAGCAACCGCAGCAGCAGCAGCAGCAGCCGGCCGUCUACAGGCCCUACCACACAAAGAGCUCCCUUAUGAACCAGAUAGAAAUCACCCUAGAGGGUCCACGGCCUCGCAGCAACUCGCCUGUGCACACCGCCCACCCCCAGGGGGCGCUUUACAUGGCCACCAGCCCGUCGCCCAGCUCCCCGUCCAGGGGCGUGACCAUGACCGGACCUCAGGGGCCGGCGGCGUUCCACCCGGGGAUGUACCUGCAGCACCAGGGCCCUGCCAGGCCUCGACCCGCCUCCUCCCCGCAGCCCGGCCAGUCGGCCUACACCUUCAAAAUCAAAGUGUCCCCGGGAGGCCAGGCUCAGAGGCCGCCCAGCUCGCCUCCCGUGGCCGAAGCCGAGUCUCUGCUCAACAUAGUGGACCAAGGGGAGCGCCACUCGGCCCCGGCGCCCAUCCUGCCCAUCUCCGCUCUGCCAGGAAACGUCACCAGUCAGUUUCCGCAAAUGCCCCGGCGUUUCAGCUCAGGCUCUGACGACUAUGCCUACACACAAGCUCUCUUGCUCCACCAGCGGGCCAGGAUGGAGCGACUAAUGAAGGAGCUGCUGAUGGAGAAGCAGAAACUGGAGCAGCUGAAGGCCGACGUCAACAACAUGGAAUACGACGCUCUGCAGAGACGCUUUCGACGAGUCAACUCCACCAGUCUAAUACCCCGACCUGAAGAGAUGACCAGACUGCGGAGUCUGAACAGACAGCUGCAGAUUGAUAUCGACUGUACGCUGAAGGAGACGGAUCUGCUGCAGCAUCGAGGGAAGUUCGAUCCCAAAGCCAUGAACAACUUCUACGACAACAUCCAGCCCGGUCCGGUGGUGCCGCCCAAAACCGGGAGGAAAGAAGGCGACCAGGCCUCCAAGCCGGCGCCGGCCCCCCAGAGGGAUGAGGACUUCGAAGGAGCUCAAUGGAACUGUGAAAGCUGCACCUUCCUCAACCACCCUGCACUCAACCGCUGUGAACAGUGCGAGAUGCCACGCUACACCUGAACUCAGCACUGCGCUGUAUCGGCUUCCUGCCCCCCUCACCUCGCCUUCCUGCCCCGUUGGAUACUAUAAACCCCCUCCCCUCACAGAUUCUGUAAAGGCUUGAAUCUGUCAAUCAACAUAUAAGCCCCUCCUACCUGCUGAGGAAGAGCCACUACCCCUCUCUGCCGACCGCUCCCGUCCUCUACUCCUGAGCACUUUCUGUUUUUCUUUGGCGGAUGAUGAUGAUGAUGAUCAAUCUUUCUUCGGGACAGUUGGGUUAGUGUGUUGGAUAAAAAGACUGUGGCGGCUUCGGGAAGGCCGAAGCGAGGCGAGCAUUGGAGGAGGAGCAGCUACGGUUUCUCUAGCGAACAUUCCAUGCAGAACAAGUGACUGCCCUGUUUACACUGUGCCCAUUCCUGAACUCGACAGAAACAUAAUAACGGAGGCACUUGUACUUUAAUCCAGGACCUGUAACAAUGAAAGAAAUGGUAAAGGAGUUGUGACUAAUGCGAAAACGUAGACUGUACACUGUAUGUGGCUCUGUAUUAGAGCUCGUUUCACUGAAAGAACACUAAAGACACUUGCAUAUGAGUAUAUUCCUGGUACUUUUAUGCAGUAUGCCACCCUGUAUUACGUGUUCAGAAGAUGUUGAUUUCCUGUGCAAAUGCCUCAACUUGCUGUACUUAAUAAAGGAGCUGAUUCUAUGUGACUUGA